GUAGAAAGGGCUGACCACCCUAACAAUAAAAUCACAAAAUAACAGACUUUAUCUAUAUAUUGAACGGCUACAGGCCAUUUUUCAAUUCUGGGGUUACUUCAUUAGCUGAUCUGGGCCUUUUGGGCUUUCCAAAAGUCAAAGUCUUCGAGAGCCGAAAUAACAAAAAGAAGGACUAGGGUUUAUUGACCACCAUGGUCAAGCGCAAUACCUGAUUUUAUGACACCGUCACCGAUAAUAGCUUGUAGAAAGUUCAACUAGGAAUCAGUUUGGGGAGAUACAGCGAAUGAUGGAAACUAUUUGCCCCGUCGACGUUAUGUGCGCUAAAGAAAUCUCUGCUCUUCUUCAACCACCUUCGACAUCCGAAGUCCAGGAAUACUUUGAGAAGCUUUUAUCAGAACGGCAAUGCCGUGGCAUCAAAGUGAAACAAAGUGGAGAGUUCGGAAAAGGUGUCUAUGCUGAAACGGACUUUGGAGAAGGGGAGCUUGUUUUGAAAGAUCAAAUGCUUGUCGGCGCCCAGCAUCCUUUAAACAAGAUUGAUUGUUUAGUAUGUAGCUUUUGUUUCAAAUUUAUUGGUUCCAUAGAACUUCAAAUUGGGAGAAGACUCUUUCUGCAAAACGUAAUUGUUUCUGGAAAUGAUAAAUGUGACGCGGACACCUUAUCACACAUUUCAAAAGACUGCUGUGAUACGGAUUCUUCUGAUGGUGACAAUGGUUCUUACACAAAAGACCAUGAAAAUUUCGAAAUAGGUGGUUCCAGCAGUUCCAAGGAGAAUCAUGUGUUGCCUAGAGGGGUGGUUGAAUCUCUGAUGAACGGUGAAAUGCUUCUGCCUUACACCAACAGGUUUUCUUUGCCUUCACCUGUUGCUUGCCCUGGGGGAUGUGGAGAAGCUUACUAUUGUAGCAAAUCAUGUGCUGAAGCUGAUUGGGAGAUGGUUCAUUCUUUACUUUGCACUGGGGAAAGGUCACAAUCACACUCUAGGGCUGCCCUCAUGAAAUUCAAUGAACAUGCUAAUGAAACAAAUGACAUUUUUCUCCUUGCUGCCAAGGCUAUAUCUCUCACUAUUUUGAGAUAUAGGAAGCUGAAAUCAACAUAUCAGAAAGAAGAAAAUUGUACUGCGCCAAGUGAUGGGGGGAUUUUCAAUUUUUCUUUACUUUUGGAGGCAUGGAAGCCAAUAUCAGUUGGAUAUAAGAGAAGGUGGUGGGACUGCAUGGCAUUGCCAGAUGAUGUUGAUUGCUCUGACGAAGCAGCAUUUAGGAUGCAAAUAAAAGAGCUCGCCUUCGCUUCAUUGCAGUUCCUUAAGGCAGCAAUCUUGGACAAGGAAUGUGAGCCAUUAUUUUCUCUUGAAAUCUAUGGGCACAUUAUUGGCAUGUUUGAGCUGAAUAAUCUUGACUUGGUUGUAGCAUCACCAGUGGAGGAUUAUUUUUUAUACAUUGAUGAUCUUCCACAUGCUGAAAAGAAAGAAGCUGAAGAAAUUACACAGCCUAUUCUAAAUGCUCUUGGCAAUGACUAUUCAGUAUUUUGUCAAGGCACUGCAUUCUUUCCUUUGCAGAGUUGUAUGAACCAUUCCUGUCAUCCUAACGCAAAGGCAUUCAAAAGAGAGGAGGAUAGAGAUGGACGUGCAACAAUCAUUGCACAUAGACCCAUUACCAAAGGAGAAGAGGUCACUAUUUCGUACAUAGAUGAGGACCUUUCGUAUGAAGAGAGGCAGGCAUCCUUGGCAGAUUACGGUUUCAAAUGCAGAUGCUCCAGGUGUUUGAAGGAAGAAUUGUAACCAUGCCCCCUUCCUGCGAGAAUUAUUGGUGUUAUUUCAAAGAGUUACUAGGGGUUUUUUGUUUCCUCCCCAACAUGAGGUGAUUAUUUUACCACUUUCCGCAUUUUUUUCUCCAGUGGGAGUGGUAACUUGAAUUUUCAUCUCAACUCUUAGUGCUUGCGCGCUUGAUUUGUUGUAUUUGACAUUGUGAAACUUUAGGGUUUAUAAUCCGCAAAAAUAGGGGUCCCCUUGUGUGACGGAAGGUUAGUAAUUGGC